AUGAAUAAUCCACCUCCAUCUGUCAAUAGUCUUCUAACCAGCAUAAAAUCCACUGUUGAAUUAUUGAUUCAAUUUCGCGGUGAUUCCUUAACCACAAAAUAUGGUGCAAUUGAAAGACUACGAUUGGCUAUUUUAGCAAUUUUAUCUCAUGGUCUUAAACAAAAUACUCAAGAUAUCUAUGAACAAUUAUGGCAAUUAAUUGUUCGUUUAAAUGCAAAUUCUCAGCGAUAUAUUCAUUUGUUACAAGAUAUAUAUCAUAAAGAAAAUAUUCGACAAUCGGUUGAACAAUGGAUUGAUCAAUCAGUUAUAAGUCAAUGCUUAUCUCAACAAUUAUCCUGUGCUGAACAUGAUCAUGAUUUACUUGAACAAUAUUAUUAUCCUCAUGCGUUUACGCGAAUUCUACCAUUUUAUCACGCAUUUCUUAUUUGUAUACGAACGGUUGAAUACAGUGAUCCAUCAUUACUUGUCAAUAUUGAUCCUAAAUUGUCGAUUGUUGGAUUUUAUCCUAUACCAUCAGCAAACGAUGCUACAAAUCAAUCAAAUAUAUCACCAUCAUCAUCGACCGUCGUCUCAAAUGGAAAAUCUAAAGAUGACACCCAACAAAAACUUCGUUCUCUCGGUCAACAACGUAUUCUUCAUCGUCGGAUACAUAGUGACCCUAUUUUUUCUAUUCCGAAAGAUUCAAUUAGUGCGAAUCGUUCACAUGUUGCAUCACCAUCACCAUUGGAUCAACCGAUAUAUGAUGAAAGUGUAGUACAACCACAAUACAACAUUCCAAAUAUAUCCUAUUUUCAAUCAGAUGAAUAUGGCUCAUACGGAUCCAGUUAUGGUUCUCGUGGUGAUAUAUUUGAUCAGAAUAAACAAACGAAAAUAACAUUGGGAAAAGCAACAAACUCGAAAAGUCCCAAUAGACAAUCAAUAUCAAGUGAAAUUACAAUUAUUGAUGAGCCGACUAACGCUCUGUAUACAAAUCGAUUAUCGACAAUUAUGAAUAAUGAUGAAACUAUACUUUCAGUGGGUUCUACAUCACCGAUGGAUCGAAGUAUUACGAUGUCUGCCACCGAUUAUCCAGCGCGAACCUCACGACUUCCUCAUUCUUCAUUACUUUGGCCACGAAAAGGUCAAACAUUAGAUAAUUAUAUACGUGAAUGUGAUUUGAAAACUCAAACGGAUGUUGAAAAAGAGAAUGCUCACUUUUAUUUCAGUGAAGCGAUUAUAUCAGCUAUUGAACAAAUUAAAUUUACUCAACAGUGUAACAAAUAUUUUGGUCAAUCAUGGUCAUCGUCAAUAGCUAACAUAAUAUCACCCUGUGAAACAGCACAUACAUCAUCAUCCGUUAGUAGUUCAUCACCGCCAUCGCAACAAUAUAUUCCAUGUAAUUCAAAAUUACUAUCGAAUACUGAAACAAAAAAUUUAAUUACACAACAACAUGAUGAAAUGACAGAAUCAACUACAGAUUCAAGUGAACCGCCGAAUAAUUUUGAUUGGUCAAUUCGUAGUUCAAUAUUAAGUUUAAACUUGCAAGAAUCAUCCGCUGAAGCAAUAGCAUUAGCACUAAUGGAAACAUGGAAAAAUUUCAAAGUUCCCACAGCACCCGAACUCUUCUGGAUGAUUCCGCACGAUGAGGAUUUACCACAAGAGUUACUACCCCUUCCCGAUGGAAUAUCUAUCGAUCCAAGUGAAGAUUAUCUUUCGAAUGAAGAUGGUCAAAGAAUUCUAUGUCGUGGUAAUAGUCAAUGGGCACCACCACGUGAACAAUUGAUCUUUCAUAUACACCAACCUCCUAAUCGUGAUUUCCAACUAAAAAAGCAAGGUUACCUAUGUGCUGGUUGUGGACGUCAUGUUGAAAAAGGGUUUGCAUAUCGUUAUAGAUAUUGUGAAUAUACAGGCAAAUAUUUUUGUCGUAGUUGUCAUUCUGAUAAAAAGACUUUUUUACCAUCAUACGUAAUAACAAAAUGGGAUUUUUCAAGCAAACAUAGUGUAUCGAAUUUUGCAUUUGACUAUUUGAAUCGCAUAUAUAGUGAACCAACAUUCAAUGUGAAUGAUCUUAAUCCCAAAUUAUUUGAGAAAAAUAAACAAUUACGAGCCAUAGAUGAAUUACGUUGGUCACUGUUUUAUCUACGACAUUAUAUUUUAACUUGUCGUUUUGCUGAAGAAAAAAAUUGUCCGCAAAUAUUACAAAAAUUGCCUUCUUACAUGUAUGCAGAUCCAUAUAGCUACUCAAUACAAGAUUUAUUUAAAGCAAAGUCAGGUGAUUUAAUAAAAGUGCUUGAACCAAUCGUCUUAAAUUUACGUGAACAUGCAUUAAACUGUGCAUUAUGUUAUGCGAAAGGAUUUAUCUGUGAAAUAUGUAUGAACGAAAAGAGUAUUAUUUUUCCCUUUGAUUUAGACGUCACAAGUGUUUGCCAAGUAUGUCAAUCAUGCUUUCAUUUUCAAUGUCACGAGAGCAAAAAAUAUCAUUGCCCGAAAUGUCAAAGAAAUAAAAGUAGAAAUAAUCUUACAUCAUCAAAUCGAAGCAAUACACCAACCAAUAUUCAACAAGAAGAUGAUAUAGUUGCAUAG